AUGCUGGACGAAAUCAACACCCAUUUGUUUGUUCAGAAACAGCCAAUCACGUACAAGUUUCUUGCCCGCUGGAAAGACUUGUCGUCAACAAAGGCCAAGGAGGUUCUGGCGGAGUACUACGACAAGUACAAACGCGAAAAGCCAGAACUGUUCUCUGUCUACACGGUGACGGGCAAGACUGGGUCGGUGCGGGUCAUCAAGGUUGUGGGGCAGGAUGAGCUAGAUAGCAGCAAAGAGGCGCUUGAUGGAGAAGUGUCAGUGUCAAUUUACGGUCUUAAUAUGGGCAAAAUAGCUCUCGACACCAUGGUAGCAGUUAAUUCGACCAUUUCGAAGGAGUACACAACGGACAAUUGCGUGCGAUGGGGCGUGAUACAGACCACUACGGCAGUGCGGAUAGUUAAAGGAGAGACGGAAAAGCCGAUCGAAACACGGCCUGCUCAGAGAACGGCAGUGAGCGAACCAGUCAGGCAGAAAGAAACCAAGCCAGAAGUUAAAAAGGAGUCUCGUUCGGACGAGUUGAGCAGACUGAGCGCAAUGUACACGUCCAGGAAAAAAGAGACAGAGAAAAAGACUCAGCCAAAGUCAGAGUCUGUGGAGCCGCCAAGAAAGAAAACAAAAGCUGAGGUCAAGGCCAAUCUCCAGAAGCUAUUUGCAGACAGCGACGAGGACGAACCGAUGGAUGUUGACGAGGAGCCAAUUUCUAUCGAGUCGCAAGAACCGUCAAAUACGCCAAAACCUGCAAAGGAGGUCUCUUCCAAACCUGUGGAGUCUGCUACCAAAGUUGUUCAGCCUGAGGCUGUCGAGCCUGCCAAACCCGUCUACGACGAGGACGGAUACCUGGUGACAUCCAAGCCUGCUAAACGAUCGGCUACACACCCACCUGCCAAGAAGACUCCCGCUCCAGCGAAAAACGCCGAAAAGAAAGGCGACACGAAAAAACAGGUCUCCUUGAUGUCAUUUUUUGGUAAGAAGAAAUAA